CGGCCGGGAGGGCGCGCGGCCCGCCGCCAUGUUGCGGUCCCUGAGGCGGCGGUGGGACGGCUACAAGUACCGCUUCGUGCCCUGGCUGGCCCUCAACCUCCGCCGCAAGCGCAGGACGCUCCGAUAUGUUCCCGAAAGCUCCCAAGACAAAAUUAUCUCUGAUGAAGAUGUCUUUGAAACACUACUGAAAGUAUUUAAAGCUCUGUUCAUAAAUGACUUCAGUAAACAAGCACAUAUUUUGGCCUUACUUCCAGAAAUCAGAUGUAAAUACAUGGAAUUACUGAACAGUAAUUCUGUUGAACAGAAGGAUUCAGAAGUAAAUUUGUGCAACUAUCAGAGCCAGCAUGUGUUUAGUCCAGAGGAAGUUCUGUUUAAUACACUGGGGUUCAGUAUUACUCGAGACCGUAGUUCCCUGGUAUCUGCUGGGACUGGAGUCUUUGUUACCAAAGGUUUUGUACCGAAAGGGACGCUGGUAUCUAUGUAUCCUGGUACGGUAUACAGAAAGCAUGAGCCCAUCUUUUUCCAGUCCCUUGGCAAUCCUUUUAUUUUUAGGUGCAUAGAUGGCAUCCUUAUUGAUGGGAACGAUAAAGGGCUAUCAAGAUCAGUGUACAGGUCUUGCAGCAGGAGAGAUCAACUUGGCCCAUUUCAGAUGAGCGAUGAGAGCUGGCUCACAUCUGCCCCGCAAAACCCACUGGCGGUGGGACAGUAUGUCAACAACUGCUCCCAUGGUAAGUUGCCAGAAAAAGCAGCCAACGUGUGUUACCAGGAAUUUGAUGUGCCGGGGUAUUUUCCAGUAGAACUGAAACAGUACCUACCAAACAUCGUCUACAGCCAUGACAUAGAGAGCAUAGCUCUGAAGACAGUUUUACAAGCAGUGGUUACACUAUAGCAUGAUUCUUCUGAAUCCCAUAAAGCACUAGGUAUGUUUUGCUUGGAUUACAGUACUGAGAUUUUUCACUAUGUAUUUCAAAUGUAGUUAGCAACCCUGAACCAAUCAAAGCCUUUCUAAGGUAGUUGAGAUUUAGGCUUCUUACUCCCCUGUUGUCCAUGUCUUCUGCUUACCUGAGGAAUAAGCAGAUCAAUUUGCAAGGAGGAAACCUAAAAUGAAUUUGUAUUGGGACAAGUGAAAUACUAUGUAGUAUAAAGACAUGUGACUUUGAGUUACACUACACAAUUACAACAUCCUCGUUAUGACCUGAAAAUCCACCUCUUUUACAAAUUAAAACGCUCAAAAACCCUUCUCAGAUUUUUGAUUGGAAGUGUGGGAAAAGUGACAAUUAGAGGAAUAUGCACAAAGAGCCAUAUAAACAACAAGGACAGACAAUAUGUCUGGCAGUGAGUGACCUGUACUGGGAUGUAGUCAAGAAUAACUUUGAAGCUGUGAGAAAGUAGGUUCUAAUGUUGGUCCUGAAUUUAACACACCAAAGGAACCUCUGGUCCAGUUGCUACCUUCAGGAACCAAAUAAUCAUUUUCAUUUUGAGGAUGUGUAAGGAUUUUAGGGCAGAUCAUCUUGACGUUUAAUGUAAUUCUGGCGGGUUUUUUUAACUCUGAAAUUCGGCUGGAGAAAGUUAUAGUGUAUAUUGGAAAAAUAAACUUUCUGAUUAAACUUAGGCUUUCUUGGGACAAAAUUAAAGAUGCGCUUGUAAUCUGCAGAUAAGUAAAUAAACGCUGAUAAAAGAAGCAGUAAGACUGAACUUUGAGGAAGCCUGAGUGCUGUACUUGAAGUGUGAAAGCGCAGUCAGCAGAGCUAAGCUCUGGGACCAUUUCAGGAAGGGGGAAUUCUGCUCUCUUCCUUGGAAUCUGUCCAAGAAAAUGCAAUCGUUCAGUCAUCAGUUCUCCCAGCAUACAGCCACUAGACACGAGCCCAUCUGCUCCUAGCUGUUUGUUUUGAUACUGAUAUUUACAGUGCUGACAACAUAGGUAAUCUGUUUUCUGUCUUGUAAAGGAGUUCUUAGUACUUGUUUAUGUUUUUGUUGUUUGAUUUGUUUCAAAAUAGCCUUACACUAAAUAAUUUCUUAGUAGUGGCAUCUGUUUGGAUUGAUGAUGUUCUUCGCUUCCAUGUUCCUCAGCAUCAGAAGAAUGUGCUCUCUUUCCUACAGCAUAUACUUCAGCUUUAGGGCAUGGUCAUUUACUUAAAGGAAGUUUUGAGGGGUGGGUUCCUAAGUUAUUCAGUAAGAAAACUAUUUGCCAGCCACUGAUGUCAGCUUGGGGUUUGUGGACAAUUGGCCCAUCAUCGUAGAUUGCAGCAGGUCUCUGGUUGUUUGGCUGAGAGUGGGUUUGGCCAACCAGCACCUGGGGGUAAGCAUGGCUAGAGGAAUGGCUUCUGCUCCAUGAACUUUGCUGUAGUUUCUCCUUCUGUCUGUAUAAGUGUCUUUUUCUCAGUCUUGACUAAUUAUUUUUAUUUGUUAAUAAUGGUGUGAGUGGAAACAUUAUUUUCAUACUCACAUAGACUGUGCUGACUUUGAUAAUUAUAUUGAUUUUGCUUAUAUCUGCUAUCUGAAUUUCAGUGUUGUUUUUCCAGGUUCCCUGAAAAAAAGUAAUCUAGACAGAGCCAUUGUUUUAGCUCUUUGCAGUGAAGAAUUAAGAAAAUUAAAAGGGAAAUAUAAUUGUUCACUUCAACAUGUUUUUCUUUUCCU